AUGGCGAACUUCAUGGAUUAUGCCUUUGCAGCUGGAGAAGAAAGCGACGGCAGCGAAGCUGAGUGGCACAUCUCGCCUUAUUCGGAUAAAAACUCUGGUUGCAUUAAGGAGCUGGAUGCUGUUCAACAACAAGGAGAAGAUAGUGUGUCAGUUUUGAAAAAAGUUAUCAGUAAGGGAGACACAGACACUGUUAAACAGCUGUUGGACAAUGGUGUGGAUGUGGAGACCAGGCUUGGAUUUGAAUGGACUCCACUUAUGUGUGCUGUCAGCGUGGCCAACUAUGACCUGGCCAAACUGCUUCUGGAUAGAGGGGCCAGUGCCAAUUUCAGCAAAGAUCACUGGACGGUGCUCAUGGCCAGCUGCACGGCAUCUGCCAGUGAGGACAAAAUUGCACGUUGCGUGGAGCUUCUGCUGUCCAGAAAUGCUGACCCCAACAUGGUGGACAGGUCCCAAAUGACCUGCUUGAUGCUGGCAGCCAGGGACAACUACAGUAAAGUCAUCAACCUCCUGGUGUCCCAUGGGGCUGAAAUCAACGUCCAGGAAAGCAGUGGAUACACAGCUUUGGCUAUAGCAGUGCAGUAUGGAAGAGAGGAGGCAGUGCUGAAACUCCUCCAGCUGGGAGCAGACAAAACCAUCAGGACAAAGACUGGCAAAAGCCCUGCUGAUCUGGCUGAGAGCUUCAAACACAGACAGAUUUCGAGGAUCUUGGCCUCUUCCUCAAACAUCUCUAAUGUCCAGGCCUUUGGAUCCAUGGAGGACACGCUAUCUAAAUUCUUCAAGACUAACUCUGAAUUUCCAUCUCCCAAGGAGAGUGUAAGCAAGCUUGAUGACCUGGAGCUCCUCCUGCAUGGCCUUAACCUGGGCUACCUCACUGACAUUAUGAUGGAAAAUGAUAUCACCUGGAGUUACCUGUUGACCAUGGAGGAGGAGGACCUUAAAAAGAUUGGUGUCACAGACCCAGAGGACCUGAAGAAGGUGCUGACUGCUGUGCAACAGAUGCACCUGGACAAAGUGGACCUGGAAACAAUCAGGCAACUGGGACCUGCAGACAGUGGGAGUGAGGAGCUGCAAAACUUCCUCAUAAGUAUCAGUCAGCAGUGCUGCUACCUGACAGAGACCAUUCAAGACGUCUUAAAUCGAUUCCCUCGCCAACCCGCUCAGCUGGUUUUCUCCCUGGACCCAAAGAAGGAGGCUCAGACCAUCUGCAACCAGCUAGUGGUCCAGACAAAAGAUCUCCAAAAGGAAGUCACCUGCCUCCGCAAUCUGCUUUGCCAGAUGGAAGAAUUCAAAGAUUCCUGUCAGCCUCCUCAGCCUGGUUUCCAUAACAACAGGAGGAUGUGGUCUCUGACCACCAGAUUUGCUCUGAGCACUCUCGGAGUCACCUUCCUUGUACUGCUCUACAAAGCUUCCAGUGGCAAGGUUUCCCUACAGUGCAGGGAUACUUUUUGA